UUGGGAUUUGGCACUGUAUCGAUGAAAAAAAUUACCUUUCCGUAAAUUGACAUGAUUCGAUAAGAAAUUUUCAGCAGACACUGAAGAUCAUCAUAUUGCAUAAUUUCAGCCACUAGAGAGCGACAAUAAUGGCCUUGAAGAAAGUAAAAGGAAGUCUGGAGCGUGUACUUGACAAAGAUUUGCAAGAUCUUGUACGUGGCAUUAGAAAACACAAGGAUAAUGAGGCCAAGUACAUUGCACAGUGUAUAGAUGAAAUAAAACAGGAAUUGAAACAAGAUAAUGUUGCAGUGAAAGCUAAUGCAGUUGCCAAGCUGACCUAUCUUGAAAUGCUAAGCUACGACAUCAGCUGGGCUGCAUUCAAUAUCAUCGAAGUGAUGAGUUCACCAAAAUUUACCUUUAAAAGAAUAGGCUAUCUAGCUGCAGCUCAGAGCUUCCACGAGGACACCGAUGUCUUGAUGUUAACCACAAAUAUGAUACGGAAGGAUAUCAAUAGUGCUACUCAAUAUGACGCUGGUUUAGCUAUGAGUGGUUUGGCUUGUUUUAUGUCACAUGACUUAGCUAGAGACCUAGCUAACGAUGUCAUGACUUUGUUUCCAGAAGCAUUGAGGCCAGCUUUUCCACGACUUAAAGAUAAACUUGAAGAUCCCGAUCCAGGUGUGCAGUCAGCUGCCGUCAAUGUCAUAUGUGAGCUAGCAAGAAAAAAUCCCAAGAACUAUCUCUCAUUAGCACCAUUGUUUUUCAAAUUAAUGACCAGUUCUACCAAUAAUUGGGUGCUAAUCAAGAUAAUCAAACUAUUUGGAGCCCUGACACCACUCGAACCCAGAUUGGGCAAGAAACUGAUAGAACCACUGACCAAUCUAAUACACAGCACGUCAGCAAUGUCACUACUUUACGAGUGCAUUAACACGGUGAUUGCCGGAAUGCCCAACCACUCGGCUUCAAUACAGCUUUGUGUGCAGAAAUUAAGAAUUCUUAUAGAAGAUUCUGAUCAGAACUUGAAAUAUCUUGGUUUGCUGGCCAUGGGUAGAAUCUUGAAGACUCAUCCCAAGUCAGUACAGAGUCAUAAAGACCUUAUACUUCAGUGUUUGGAUGAUAAAGAUGAAUCGAUUCGAUUGAGAGCGUUGGAUCUACUCUAUGGUAUGGUGUCAAAGAAAAAUCUAAUGGAGAUUGUUAAGAAAUUGAUGAUUCAUAUGGACAAGGCUGAAGGAACGCAGUAUCGAGAUGAAUUACUGUCAAAAAUCAUCCAGAUAUGUAGCCAAUCAAACUAUCAGUAUAUAACUAACUUUGAAUGGUAUGUAAGUAUUUUAGUUGAGCUGACGAAAAUUGAAGGCACUCGACAUGGUAAAUUAAUCGCUUCACAGAUGUUGGACGUUGCAAUACGCGUCAAAGCCAUCAGGCAUUUUGCUGUAUCUCAAAUGGCCCAGCUGCUUGACAACUCACACUUACUGGUUGGCUCUGCCAUGCAUCGCAAUGGGAUAUGUGAAGUCUUGUAUGCGGCCGCCUGGAUAGUCGGCGAGUUCUCUGAACACCUAUAUGAUCCCAGGGCCAUAUUAGAUGCUAUGUUACGUAGCCGAGUCACAAGUCUACCUGGUCAUAUUCAAGGCGUCUAUGUUCAGAAUAUCAUCAAGCUGUACAGUUUUAUUUUACUGAAAUCUGAAAAGGACGAUGACAAAGAAGACAUGCAGGAGACCACGCAGCUGUUGAUCGAGAAGCUGCCCAUGUUUGCAGAGAGUGCAGACUUGGAAGUUCAAGAAAGGGCAUGUUCCAUUCUUCAGCUGUUAAAAUAUGUACUGAAACUACAAGCUAAGGAAGUAGAGGUUGGCGAAGAGGUAGCUGCUUUGUUUGACGGUGAAUUGAAUCCUGUAGCUCCAAAAGCACAGAGAAAAGUACCUGUACCAGAAGGGCUUGAUCUCGAUAAAUGGAUCAACGAACCUCCAUCUGAAGAUGAAGACGAAAAUCCAAUUGAAGCGUUGUUUGUUUCUGAUGAGCACGGGUCAAUGGGUCAAUCCUCACGGAAAUAUGAAGAGCCCACGGAGGAUGAACUGAGAAGACGCCGCGAUAUGAGACGUCAGCAACAAGAAAACAAUCCGCACUAUCUGAGACCUGAUUCACCGUCUAAGAAAAAAGACUCGGCUUACAUGAAUGACAUUCCAGUCGCAAAAAUAGAUUUAUCUGUACCGUUACAUGUACCAGGAAUGACAGUUACUGACAAGUAUAUGAAGGAGCAAACUAAGAAGGAGAAAAGAAAAAAGAAAAAGAAGAAAGGUCGUAAAGGGAGAGCCAGAGAGACGGAUUCUGAAGAAGACAUCCCAGUCAUGCACGAAGUGGACACCACAGUGGAUAUGCCUGAGGGUGCAACACUGAGUGAUGGUGAAGAAGAGCGCAUGGAUCCAAAUGAUCCUCACAGGGCUUUAGCUGAUAUUGAUAUUGACAAACCUCUAGAAUCCUCAGAAACCUUGCCAGUUCGAACACAUAGGGUAGUGAACGAUGUACCACAGUCCGUGCCGUCUACUGGUUUAAAACUAGCAGAAACACUACCUGUGGAAGAAGAAAAACCCAAGAAAAAACAUCACAGAAAGAAAGAUGAAAAGGAGAGGAAAAAAGAUAGGAAGGAAAGAAAGAAAAAGAAACGAGCUGAGUCAGUAGAAGAGAUGAAACUGACGCAGGAAACCAAAGAAGAAGCGGAGAAUAACUUGAUGGGUUAUUCUGAAUUUGAUACAUCGCAAGGUGGUGGAGAGGCUGAUGAUGAGCUAAGCCGAGAGUCCCCUGCCACGCCACCACCUACACCGAAAACACCUCCAGAAGAUGAAGAUGCGACAGACGCCAAGUUAACCGAGCUGGAUGAUAUUAACUUCUGGUUAUCUGCCACCGAUGCCCCAAAGCCAGGAGAAGCCGAAAACCUUAAGGAAGCAAACGAAGCUGCAGUCGAAGAACUAGAAGAACGUCCCAUAGAGAAACAUAAAAAGAAGAAAGAGAAGAAAGCAAAGAAAGAGAAACGAGAGAAGAAAGAAAAGAAAAAGAAGCACCGCAAGGAGGAGGAGGAGAAGGAGGAGGAAGAACCGACAACGUUUGAAGAGGUUGUUGAUAAUGAACCAGCCAUUACUGAAGCCCCACUGCCACCAAUGUCAAGUUACAAAUUAUUGGGAGAAAGUGAAUUCAUUAAAAUGACGUACGAAACAAGAGUUUCACCGACGCAACCACAGCAAGUUAUAGUAUCUGUUAUAUUCAGUAAUUUAUCAGACAAGCACUUAAAGUCCCUAGACUUCAAUGUCAUGGAUUCAUUGAAUACAAAAUUAACCAGGGAGCACGGUGCUACACCACAUGAUGGCGUGAAAGUACCAUUCCAGCUUCCCCCUAGCGCUGCUAAUGAAGGCCAGUUUGCAUUUACUCUGCAAAAUAUUACAAUGAAUCAAAAACUAAAAGGAACGUUAACUUACAUGAUUAAGGAUGAUGAAGGUACGACGUGUGAAAAGAUUGACUUUAAGCUCUUACUGCCUGUAUCAGCAUACUUUUUAGGGGCACCGUGUAAUAGUGAUCGGUUUGCCGAAUUGCUUGGUAGUGGUGACCUCUCAUUCAAAAGUUCCAUUAAUCUGACCACAAGAGAUACUGAAUUCUCACAUAUUGUAGCUAAGACAUGUUUUUAUGGGCAUUUAUCACUGGUAGAGCGUGUUAAUAAUACAGCGUCUUUCUAUGGUUGCUCUAUCCAACAACAUCAUGUAUGUCUCUUAGUUAAGCAGUUGCCUAGUGGUAGUUUAUCUGUGGAUGGCAAGAGUUCAAAUGAUACUUUGUUAUCAAGUUACUUGGAUGAAAUCAAAAACAUCCUCAACCAGCCAUAGCUGCAAUAAUAUUUACUUAAGAUCCUAGAUUUUGAAGAGAAAAAAAAUACGAGGCUGACAUGUGAUGCUGUCAUGUAUGCAUCUCCUCCCUCCCCCUCCACCUCCCCCCCCCCUACACUCCUGUCCUUGGGGAAAAAUUAUGAAACGAUUGUGAUUGACAGUCAUGCGUAUUUAUUAUGCUGCUAUGAUGUGUCGUUCCACAGCAGAUAUUUAUUAAUUUGUUGUCCCUUGCAAUCAGAAUCUAUGCAGUCUUCCCAUAAUACAACAUUCCUCAAUAAAUGCAUUCAACCUAGAACUCGUACAGAUCGAACAAGCUGUACACAUCUUUUUUAGCCUCACUCGACCCCAUUUUUGUUCGUAAAAUGGAAUGAUCUACAUGUAUUUGUCUGUUGUUCAUAACCAUGAACACGGGAGUGGUUUAUACAACUGAGCUGACUUUCACAAAUCUUAUUUCACACUCGGUAUGACAAUGCCAGUAUUCAAGAUCGCGGGAGCGAUGUAAUAGCUCCACGUUUUCUUGUUUAUAGCACACUUGGCAUUAUUUGUUGUAUUUAAAGGUCAUAGAGAACUGCCUGAUUGCCUGAAUAUUAAACAUGUCUGCCUCUCGUUUCAGUACAUUUAGUAGACUAUAGGCUUUUUAUCCCAGCUUUCAAGUCAUCACAAUACUGUUACUGUUUUAGUUGAUGCUCUUUAUUCAGCUGCUUGAGAUGGUAUUGAUCUAACAGUCUUGUAUUAUUUACUUGUAGUAGACUUACACAACUGUCUGCUUUCCUAUAAAUUUUACUGGACUAACCGUGUUACUUCAAACUUCAUCAUUCAAGCAUUUUUUUUUUAUUUUAUUUUAUUUUAUUUAUAUUUGAAUUAUUUAUAGUUUUUAUGUGCAUUUAUUUUAGUUUAAUCAGUUCAUCCCAUACACGCUUGACUUCCGUAUCUGCCCAGUCUAACUAUCAUUACACCACAAGGUACAAAAGUUUGUGAAGCUGUGCCUAAAGCCUCGGGCAAACCAAACAAAAAAAAUUGUUAUAUACGUUGCUGUGCCUGACCUGAAUUGAAUUUCGCAGUGGUGGUGUUAUUUCUUGAAUUGUCACUUAGUUUGCAUAUAGUUUCUACCUGACACUAGGGGGCGCUGUGUAGUUGAUGUCAGAUUGAAAAAGUCGAGAGUGUCAACUGGUGGCCUAUCUCAUGCAACAAUGGCUGGGUGUGUUUCUGUAAUUCUAAAUACAUUGCAAAAGAAUGAAAUAAUGCUUGUCGCUUCUUGACACGUAGCUUUUAAUAACCCAGUUGAGAGAGGCAUCUACUGAUACUUGACCUUUUGGACAUUAUUGUGAAUUGCAGUGUCAUUAUACUGUAAAACCUUUUAUUUUCAUUGGCAUUUAGUUUCACUGUUUUCAUGUUUUGAGCAAUUUUAAGUUCAUGAAUUUGACAAAGAAACAACAAGUUCUGUUGUACAUGUUCACAUGAAUUUAAUUUGGAGAGUUUUACUCGACAAAAAUAGCAAAAUUAAAAACCAGCUAAUAAUUAAUGUGUUUAACAGUACGCCCGAGAAGAACCAAUUUAAUUUCAUGCCCCUGUCUGUUAUUUACGGUAGUAUGCCAGUAUGAUCCUAGUGACCAUAAAACUGAACUUGACCUGCUGUAUUUUAUGUGUAAUGUCUUGUGUAUGUAUAUGCUGAUCCUAUUUCUAAGUAUAAAGCUGAAGUUGUGUGUAGAAAAUGAAAUAAAUUAUGUACAGAAAUGACUGCAUGUCAUCUACAAGUAAUCAUGUUUAUGUGCUGAAAUAAACAAUAGAUAAACAAUAA